AUGAUACAACGUUACGUUAACUCUAAUGCCUCUGGUCCACUCAACAUGACAAACUUUCAGUCCUGUAUUCGUCAAUCCUACUCCUCUGCAAACCAGUUUCCCAACCGUCCUGGAUCCAGUGUUAGUGUCAACUCCCCGACUUCUUUGGAGACCGAAAUGGCGAACAAUGUAUCAACGAAGUCGACGUAUCGUUCUACCGCUUCUCCCACACCCUUGGCUCCUCCCCGGCGUCAUCGGCAAUACCAUUCUUGUUUUCUCCUGAUUGCGGCCCCUUUUACGGGAGAGCUAAUUGCAGAGAUUCUUACCAAGCUUGAACUAGCCGCUCGGCUUGACCGCGAUUAUCUGCUUAUUCCAGGUCUACUUCAUCUGCGAGACCCGUCAUUGAACCAACACAAAGCCACCUCUGAGACAGGCCUUUCUGUAGCUCCUGCAGCUAUUGGGCCGGCCAGGCAGUCUGUUGGUUCUAGAGACUUAGGCGAGCCUCCGCCAAGGACAUCACUGGUCUUCAACUCCAAUAACCCAAGUGGACGCUAUCGGAGAGCAGGCAGUGGAAGCCGUGAUGGUGCCGCUAAUCCUCGGUCUUCUGAGCCUAUCGCCAGCCCUUCACGAUCGCCUGAACUCCUUCGCUCAAUCAUUCCUGCAAGUAAUUUGGAUUCAGGCCGGAGUUCCUGCCAAGGUGUGAUUUCGUUUGGUUUUCCAAUGGACCCUCUAACAGCUUCGAAGCGCUAUGAAGUCGGGUCUCUGUCCGAAAUGUCUGACGUUUAUGACAGCAGUUUGGCCGAAACUGAUGAGACUGGCUUUGAAACUGGGAACUUUGGAGAUGAUGUCUUUAGACAGGUAAACAUUUGA